AUGUUCGAGCAAAAUGACACACUCUUCGGCCGCGUCUGCAUUCGUGGCCGUUAUAUCGCCGGCAAAAGAAACUCGGAUGGACGAUUACAGCCGCUCCUGGAAAUUCAGAUUAAGGGCGCUGGAUCAUACAAGGAGUCUUUUUUAUCUAAGGCGAUUCCCAUCAAACAGCAAGAUGAAGAUGCAAAGGGGACCGUCGAGAAAGCUUUCAUUCAUGACUUCGUCCGUAGCGUCGACUCUGGAUGGACCGCAGAGCAGAUAUGGAUGGUGGAGAGAUAUGGCGAAGAGAAUGUUUUGACUCCACGGGUAGUAGUUGUGACGAGCACUUCGGCUUCGUCCGCUCGUGUUUUGUAUCGACGUGGAUAA